AUGGCCUUUGAGGUCGUACUUGGUGUCUGCUGUACCCUUCUCUCACCAUUGCCCUCGCCCGUAUGCUCCACACGAGGCCUCGUGCCUUUCACAACCCCACGGCGCUCCGCCUUCCUCGUGCAUCCAUCUCCUGCCUUCCUCGUGCACCCAUCUCCUGCCUUCCUCGUGCACCCAUCUCCUGCCUUCCUCGUGCACCCAUCUCCUGCCUUCCUCGUGCACCCAUCUCCUGCCUUCCUCGUGCACCCAUCUCCUGCCUUCCUCGUGCACCCAUCUCCUGCCUUCCUCGUGCACCCAUCUCCUGCCUUCCUCGUGCACCCAUCUCCUGCCUUCCUCGUGCACCCAUCUCCUGCCUUCCUCGUGCACCCAUCUCCUGCCUUCCUCGUGCACCCAUCUCCUGCCUUCCUCGUGCACCCAUCUCCUGCCUUCCUCGUGCACCCAUCUCCUGCCUUCCUCGUGCACCCAUCUCCUGCCUUCCUCGUGCACCCAUCUCCUGCCUUCCUCGUGCACCCAUCUCCUGCCUUCCUCGUGCACCCAUCUCCUGCCUUCCUCGUGCACCCAUCUCCUGCCUUCCUCGUGCACCCAUCUCCUGCCUUCCUCGUGCACCCAUCUCCUGCCUUCCUCGUGCACCCAUCUCCUGCCUUCCUCGUGCACCCAUCUCCUGCCUUGCUCUGCAUGCCCCAUCGCCCCUUGCCCUCACCCGUGCUCUCUCCUCGCACGUGGCGGGCAGGCAGGCUGCUGGAGGAGAGUCUAGCGCUGCUGCGCGCGGGGCUGCUGCCCGACUCCUCCUCGCCCACGUGCGCCAUCGGCUACCGCCAGGCCAUGGCCUUCCUGCUUCACUUCCACCGCCUCAUGGAGCAAGUGGGGAGCAGUGAGGAGCCAGGGCAGCAAGGGAAGCAGGUGGAGGUGCAGGCGGCGCUGCAGGCGGCACUGCAGGUGGCACUGCAGGCGGCGCUGGUGGCGUUCAUCUUGGAGUUCCAACAGGCGUUGCGGCGCUACGCCAGGUGCCAGAUCACGUGGUUCCGCUCCCAACCGCUCUUCCAAUGGCUGCCCGCCCAUGCCCCCCUGGUGCGCGGAAUUGCCCCCCUGGUGCGCGAAAUUGCCCCCCUGGUGCGCGGAAUUACCCUCUUGGUGCGCAGAAUCGCCCUCCUGGUGCGCGAAAUUGCCCCCCUGGUGCACAGAAUUGCCCCCCUGGUGGGGCUCAUGCUCCGCUGGUGA